GAUCGACACAUGCUGGACCAAGGGGACCUGCCGCCGCUGCCCGCCGAAGACCUACAGCGACCUGGCCGCGCAGGACCAGUGCAAGACGUGCGAGGAUGGGACGGAGCCCAACGCCGGCCGGACGGCGUGCGUCCCGUGCGUGAACGGCAUGGCCGGGACGGGCGGCGCAUGCGAGCGGUGCGGCAUGGGACUGGUCCCCAGCCCAAAGUUGACGGACUGCGUGCCUCCGCCCGCAGGCAACAUUGCGCAAUACGGGUUGGUACUCGUGUGUCCCGAUGGCAUGACGCCGAAUAACGACAAGACCUUCUGCCGCAAGAUGUCCGGCGCAGUGGUCGCCACCCUGGGCAUUCCGGAGACGUGCAAACCCGGGUACACGCCAAACCCCGGGCGGUCCGCCUGCGACUUCUGCCCGCCCCGGCACCACAACACCGACGGCAUCGACUGCAAACUCUGCGCUGACGGAACCAAGCCCGACGCGACGCGCACCAAGUGCGUACCCUGUCCGGCCGGCCAAUCGGGCACCAAGGGUCGCUGCGACGUGUGCAUGAUCGGGCAGUACAGUCCGCAAGUCGGGGAGAGCAAGUGCACGACUUGCGGUCCCAAGACCCAGCCCAAUGCAGCGAAGACAGGGUGCGAACCCUGCCCGGAGGGGUACGCCGGGAACUUCGGCAUCUGCUUCAAGUGCAACGACGGAUCGCAGCCGGAUCCCCAAAACAACCGACGGUGCGCCCCUUGUCCGCCGGGGUCGGCCGGUACCGACGGCAAGUGUGACCUGUGCAAGGCCGGCACCUACACGAAAUUGGAAGGUUUGUCCAAGUGCAAGGCGUGCCCGGACGGCUUCGCACCCAAUGACAGCAACACGUACUUUGCUUGGCCCUUGUUGUGUUUGUGUUGCUUCUAUGGCUGUCCAUCUUUCGUGAGCUACCCGUACUCGUCUUAUCAGCUUCACCCAUUACAACUACAGGCUUUGUGUGAGAUGCCCGCUCGGAUAUGACGCUACUUCGGGAAUGAACGUCUGCUUGAAGUGCGCGAGCGGCUUGGUGUCUGACCCAGUGCGAAAAACUUGCGAGCCGUGUAACGACGGUAUGCGCGGCGAGAACGGUAAAUGCGUCGAAUGUCCCGAAGGUUUCGCGGGAGCAAACAGCAACUGCGAGCGGUGUGCACCCGGUAUGGUGCCAGAUGGAGCCAAGUUUGAAUGCAUUGAAUGCCCGGCGGGAUUUGCAGGCUCUAACGGAACUUGCGCGAUGUGUCCCCCGGGCACGCACGCCCCCGCAGGAUCCGUGAGUUGUAAGCGCUGUCCUGAUGGGAGCGAGGUAAACCCGGGGCGAAACGGAUGCCGAAAGUGUCCACCUGGCAAGGCUGGGAAGGAAGGCUUCUGCGAAACUGCCCCACCGGGCUUCGUCCCGAGCGACACUAAUACCACGUUCGUCAAGCCGCUGUAUGGACGUGCCGCCAUCUUCGGCAUUUCGCGACAGUACCAGAUACAAAACUCUUUGCUUAUUGCUUUUGAGAUACUACCAGCUGUCGUGGUUAGGUUCUUGACGUCGAACUGAAGCAAGUCAAAACGAAGCUGAGUCCGAAUGUCCAAAAACUGCAGGUGUCCUGAUGCGCAUCAGCUGAAUGCGGAUCGCACGGCCUGCGAGCCCUGUCCUCCCGGAUUAGUUGGGAAAGGUGGUGAGUGCUACCCCUGCCAAGGCGGACGGCGUCCAAACCCCGACGGCACGGAUUGCAUCCAAUGCCCGUCAAACUACGCCGGCAAUAACGGGAUUUGCACAAAAUGCGGGGACGGCUACGCGCCCAACGACGUGAUGACUGCUUGCGAGCCCUGCGGUGCGGGUGAGGCGGGUCGGGACGGCAUUUGCCUCAGCUGUGCAGACGGCUUUGAACCCGCUGUCACGAAAACGCACUGCGAGCCCUGCAAAGCGAACUCCGCCGGGAAAAAGGGGAAGUGCGGCAAGUGUCCCGACGGGUUUGCGCCCGAUCCGGCCCGCGGCACGUGCGAGAAGUGUGGGCCCGGGGAGGCGGGCAGUGGCGGCAAGUGCCGUCGCUGCCAGCACGGUUACCAGCCCUCGGCGCAGCAAACGCGGUGCGAGCCAUGCCCCCCGGGGAAGUACGGACACAAUGGCGUGUGCUUUCCGUGUGCGGACCGGUACUACGCACCGACGGAGGCGCUACAGGAGUGCAUCCGUUGUCCCGACGGACGACGGCAGUCAGACGAUCGGUCCAUGUGCGUGCAGUGCCCCUACUCCUACGCCGGCAUCGGGGGCGCGUGUGUACAGUGCCCCGACGGCAGUGAGGUGGAGCCGUCAGACCCGUCACGAUGCCGCAAGUGCGAGAAGGGCACAGCGGGACUGAUGGGCAUUUGCCAGCGGUGCGAGGCCUACACAAGGGCGAACAUCAAGGGAAUGACGCGGUGCACGACGUGCGAGCCCGGGACGAUCGUGGACAAGGAUAGCAUCGAGUGCAUCCCGUGCGCGGACGGCUCUGUGUCUUCCGACGGCAAGACAUGCCGCCAGUGCGAGGACGGUCGCAUGCCGAACAGGGAAAACACGGACUGCGAGUUCUGUCCGCCCGGGUUUGCGGGGACGAAGGGCUUCUGCGAGAUGUGCCCCCAGGGAUACUUCGCGGAAGGUCCGGGGGCGACGGAGUGUCUCCGGUGCCCCGCCGGCGUGUUUUCGAUCGGGCUCGGCGCCGAGAAGUGCGAGCACCCGGUGGAGGACGUGACCGGAACGAAGCAGCCCAGCGUGGACGUGUCACCCCCGAUCGACGUAACCGCGGUGGUCAGGUCGGUGCUGAACCCGGAAUCCAGUCUUCCGGUAACCGAGAAGAACGCGCGGCACUGGCUGGAAAAGGAGUUUGGCGAGGACACGGGCGUGCAGAGCAUCACGGUAAACACAACCAUCGUGAAGGACCCGGCAAUUGCCGACCCCAUCGUGGUAAUGAACAACAUCAUCGUAGAAACCACGUUCGUGGCCCGUUUCGGCGGCGUCAGCGCUGCGCAGGUGGCCCGGCAGAAGUUCAUUCUGAUGAAGUACGAAGCUUUGUACCGGCCGGAUCUGUCAACUUGUGGCAAGAACGCCACGUUUGAUAAAAACGCGACCUUCUCGAAAGCCGCGCAGCAGCCGGCCUUUCUGCAGGAGUUCUUCGCCACAGAUUCCGGAGCUGGCCCGCUCGGCGCGCUCGCAGAUGAGCCGAAAAAUUCGGAGGCGGCUGGGAUGAACAUCGCUCUGGGCGAAGUGCAGCGUAGGCAAACAGCAGGACAAGUGCCUGGGGCGCAAACUCAAGAGGAGCAGGAGCAGCAGUCGCCGCCCGUGAUGAAGCCAUCGGAGCUUUUGAAGAUCAGUCUGCGCAGCGCGCCCGAGCGGGCGGUACUGGUCCAAAUGCGCAUUCCGCAGUCGAUGCCGGCGACGGGCUUUGUCCAGCAUCUGAAGCAAACUCGGGUUGUGCAACGGCAGAUCGCCGACGGCUUGUACCGACCGCUCAUGUGCCUGGCGAGCGAGGGAGCCGCGCCUCCGCUCGGGUUUGCGCACCCCGAAUCCGCUGGCUUUCACGCCGGGCUUUGUGCGGACCCACCAGACGAGCCGUGGCCGAUUGAAACCCUGACGAGACUGAUCCAGGACGGCUGCUUUGGGAGCUUUAUCGCGACCGACGCACGGUACGUGGCGAUCAGCUUGGAAAGCGGGCCGAACGACAUGCAGACGUACUCGGUCGCUUUUGCGAAGGACAUGGACCAGGCGAAGAGCAGCAUGCUGACCAGCGCCGACCCGGACUGCAAUUUCCCCACCGCAAACAUGAUGGUCGGCGCACGCACGGAUUCUGGUGCGAGGCUGGAUUAUUUCGGCGCAAACGACAAGCCCUUCCAGCAGCCGGAUUUGCAUUCUUACGCCGUGUACGACUUGGGCGAGACGCCGAAAAUCCCGACCAUCAACAUCCCCCAGAACGCGGGCAGUGUCGACUCGCACUACGCGGACACGCUGAAAAAGUCCUUCAUGCGCUUUUUUUCCCUGUGGACGAUGGACAUGGUACGCAUCCGCAGCUUGGUCGUCAGCAGUGACCCCACGACCGCGCAGGACCCGUCCGCCGAGGGGCUUCCGGACGGGCACGCCGCGUGGUUGGUCGACGUCACGGUGGAGAUCCAAGCGAUGCACAAGCCAGGGUACGCAAACACCGAGUUCAUCGAGGACGUGUUCGCGCGAAUUGGCAUGAACCGCGAGGAAAACGUGGAGAGCUUUCGUGGCCUAUUAGACCGGACCUUCGACUCCGCCUACCGGCACUCGGGCGGCCAGGCCCCGGUCAUGCGGUACAGUACCCCGCCGGACGUGCUGAAGACGGAAGUGGUUUUGAAGUGCAGGACGGGCAACUUCAUGACGAAAAACCAGGCCACCAAGGAGGACAUGUGCAUGCCGUGCAAGAAGGAUGUUGUCAGGUGCAAGAAGUGGGGCUUUGCGCAGUCCGAGUGCAGCGCGGAAAUGCCGUACACGAUCUGCGAGGAAUGCCGGCGCGGCUUCGUGUUCAGUCGGAAAUCAGGCCGCUGUGAGCCGGAGGAGUGCGGCUGCGAGAAUGCGGCGGGCAACGGGACCGAUCCGGGGAACUGGACGACAACGUACAACCUGACCCGCUUCCCCUUCGACGACCUGGACAAGGGCAUCGUGUCCGACUUGGAGUUGAUGCGCGUGAUGCGGCUGAUCGUGGAGAAGGACUCGCCGAAGAUCUGCACGAACGCCACCCGGAAUUACUGCUACAGCGACAAACCGAUCGUGCUGAACGCGGACGGCACGGCGCAGAUCAAGCGGUGCGCCGCCGGCUUCUACUACGUGCCGGUUGAGGGCGUGAAAAACAUGGGCACGUGCAAACCCCAGAAGUGCAGCUGCGCGAACAGCGCCUCGGAGUUUCAGUCGUGGACGAGCGGCGACCCGCACGGCGCGUGCGAACAGUGGAAGAAGUACCGCUGCCCGCUCCCGACCACGCCAGACGAGGAAAGAGACUUCUGUUUGACCGGCUACGACUACAGCACCCAGCGGCAGGUGUGCGAGAUCCGGGUGUGUGUCUGCAGCGACCCGGGGGGAACGCCAGCGACGGGGGCACAGUGCCCUCUCGCAGGGGCGGAGAGGUGCGCAAGUUGCGGCCCGGGGAAGUCCGUUUCCAAGGGGCAGUGUAUCCCCAACGACUGCAUCUGCAGCUCCGGGACCGCGGUGCCCAGUGCGAAGUGCGAGUCCUACGGCAUGCACAGCUGCGAGAAGUGCCUGCCGACCCACGAGCUGGAUCCGGACACGAACACCUGUGUGGAGAAGACCUGCGAGUGCCCGAACGGGGAACCGGCUAUCGGCUGCAAGGCGUCCGGCGGGAUUUCCUGUCGCUUCUGCGACCGGGGGUACUCGUUGGUGGAAAAGAACGUCCCGGUCGUCGCAAGCACGACCGGUCAGCAGCGAAAAGCCUUCGUGUGCCAGGCGAACCAGUGUUUCUGCGCGAAUGGCAACACGACGCAGUGGCAGUCGGCCGGAGACGACAUCUGCCCGCACAACGGCAUGACCUGUUGCAAGAUGAACGACUGCAAACCGGGGUACACAUAUGACGUCGUGUCGAAACUCUGUGCGGAGGCACCGCAACCCAUGGACAACACCCACACCACGACCAGCAUGACCUACGACCAGGCGGUUGCCGCCGCGGGUGCAAAUCCCUUCCUCGUCACUAAGAAGCAGGCAGGAACAUCAGGGGAGGUCGUGCAACAAGAGCAGCAGAUGCCAAUUUUGGUGAAUCAGAAACAAGAGACGAGCAAAAAUCCUGCGCCGGAGGACCAGGCUGAAAAUGAAAAUCAAGAGUACUACCACAUGGUUCCUCCUGAUGUGACCAACAAGUGGGGAUACCACCAAGUCGACGGGGACUGGGAGCCGAACACGUGUUUCUGCGAGACAAAGAACAUGUACUGGCGAACGGAGAGUGCGACGAGCAGACUUUGCCAUACACACUUCAGUAAGCAGUGUCAAGACGAAGAGCCGAAACAUGAAUCCACCGGCGCAAGAACUUCUGCAGCGUCACCCGUGUCUGAUGGAAUAUCGUUGUCUGAAACUCACCGAGCGUUGCUCCAUGGCGUUGAGGAGCGCAGUUCGCGACAUCACGGUCCUCGGUCGCGAUCCGUGAAAGAGAAACAAUUUUCAAAAAAAUACAUGGAAGAUUUCGUCAAGAAGUACCACAUAGAAGAAAAGGAUGCGGCUUCAGCAAUAGCCGCUGCGGCAGGUGGGUCGCCCAUUGCUGUGGGCUCGAACCAAGCGAAAAGCAAGAUUGCUAGACCUGGAAUAUCUGCCAUGGGAUCGUUCCUCAAGCCGGCACUAAGUUUCUUUCAGGAGGAAAUUUCGCGACACCACAACCACUGCUUGGCCGGGUUUCACUCUCCGCAGGAUGUUGCAACUAGUCCAGAAUCCGAGGAAGGGCAUGAUGAAACACCAGAAUGCCUUCCCAAUCGCUGUCUUUGCCCUCACGGCAAACCGGAAGAGUGGCUCACUUCAGCCGAACACGUGUGUGUCGCGCACGGGGGCCACAGCUGUCGACGAGGUCUUACCGCAGGGAAAGUCAGCGAAUUCUGUGCUGAGGGCUACGAAUACGUGGACGACGAAGGCACGACGUACAGCGAAGACGCGAGUCUCAUACUCAUCUCAGACGACCCUGAAGAAGUAGAGAAGAGGAAGCAAAAAGGUGAAGAGAACAAAAGAACGGCCGGCGGCUCUUGUGUUCCAACACGACUUCCACCCUCAACUGCAGAAGUAGACCCCGCGGCGUCUUCAUGUCAGUGCACUUACGAAGGUAUACCCGCAGGGCUUCCGUCAACCGACAAGCAUUGUACAGUCCCGAACGAAGAGAAAUGCGAGGAGUGCUUCGUCGGCUUCCGUCGUGAUGUGCAGACAAGACAAUGUGUGCCGGACACUUGCCCACCAGGAAGUUGCCAGGAAGACGAGAUUUGCCGACCGCUUUUCUCCGCAGGCGGAUUCACUUACGAAUGCCAAGUUCCAUUUGUAGACGAUCCCUGUCUCAACGUGGACUGCUCCCUAACUGACAACAUGGGGCAAUUGACGGAGGGUGUGUGUGAAGUGGUCGACGCCACGGAGCACGUCUGUGUCUGCGCUGCGCGCCAGGAGACGCACGCCUUUUUGCCGACGCAACCCGAGUUGUACACUUGCGCGCAGGGGAAGAACGACUGCGCCCCGGGUUGGACGGGACAGGUAGAUUUGGCCCUACAAUCUCCAGCCUGCAGUUUAUCGGUCUGCGGAGACGAAUGCGGCGAUCGAGGUACCUGUGUUGGCGGAACGAAAAGCGAGCCGCAGUGCGAGUGCCACGACCCGCGUCGCCAAGGACUCCCGGGAGAUUGUCGGGCCUGUAAGUCCGGCUUCAAUCGGGUGGCGCUCCACCUCAGUAGCGUCGAGGGGGAAGAAACGGACGUGUGCGUAGAUCCGUGCGAACAGAUGGACUGCGGUUCCGAGGGCUACUGCGAAUCGGAAAGCGCGAGCGGUGACGUUGCAGCAGUAGACCGGGCCUACGUUGGCGUCUGCGUUUCACCGAAAAGACCAGCUGCUCUCGCAAAGCCGGAGCCUACUUCCGCAUCACCGAGUGAAGAUGUGGUAGCACGAGAGUCUCUGUCUCAUCUCUCAAGUUCUUCAGUAGACUGCGGAACUUCUCCCGACUGGGUUGGGAUAGGCACGACACCUUCGAGAGGUAGAAGUACGUGUGCACGAGUUGUAAAGAGUUUGUUCCCUGUCGACCAACGCCGCGCGGACCGCAUCUGCAGGGAAGAGUACGACGCCGUUUUGGCGACUCCUGCAGAAGAGAAGAUCCUCUUGUCCGUCGGGGAGGCAGCAGCGAAGUGGGAAACGCAACGCAGAGGGUUCGCCUGCGCUAGAAGUAACCCGACGGAGAAAACAGCGCUGGAAAACAAAGCUUCGGAAGUCGUGACUUUGGAAAGCCUUGCUCUUGAAAUGCGACUCAGCAGUGAGGAUUUAGGACAGGCGGAGUUGGAAAACGCGACGAGAAGAAACCGCGAAGCAAGAGAAACCCUGAAAGACAUCACGCACAACCCAAGCGUGCAGGAUGUAAUAGUAGCUGCGGUGACUUCUUGUAUCUCGGAUACAGUGGUUGCUGGUGCAGGCUGGAGACAAAGUCAAAGCAGUGCCGAGGAUACAGAAUCGGGCUCCACAGACGCAUCGAGUGACGUUUACAUCGACGGCCCAAGCGUCGGCAACCCGGAGAAUUUCGACGCAUACUGCGACGCAAAUGUGAGAAUGACGCUCGGCGAAGCAGAGAGAGCCUGCAGCGACGGAGAGUCCAACUGCGUCAUGCUGCACGAUGCGGGCUGUGUGCAGGAGGAAAGAUCCUCGUCCCUCGCACGGGAACCGGUGUGGUCCUUGUGCUCGACAAUACCGCCGCGAAGUCACCACGCAGGGCAAGAGCUGCACGGGUGCACCAAGAUAAAGGUAAAGAGAAAAGACGUAAUAGCUCGACGGAACGACGCGGUCGCUACAUGGAUAGAAGCUAGUGAGGAAAGAGAAUCAAGAACAAAACCAAUCCCUGCAACACCAGGCACGACUAGCUUCCGCCACUCCGUCGGGAAUUGCGGGCGAAAAAGAGACGACGGCCACGGCUUCCUCCCCAUCACGGAUUUCCAGUUGCAGCAUUUAACAGAAGGGGAAACCGAUCUCAAAAAGUCACUCGAUGAAAGAAUAGGAAACUGCGCGCGCAUUUGUGCCACUGAUCCGGACUGUGUCGCAUUCGACCUCGGGAUGCUGGUUCAAAAAAACGGCGGCAGUUCUGAUGACGCGGCGAAAUGCUUGUUUUUCGGAGAGCAGAAGCAAAAUCGCGCUUCAGAAGGUGAGUCAGCAGCAUCACAGACGACGUCUGUUCUCGCUCGUUCUAUUUCUACGCGGACUUCUCUCAUCAGACAUACCAUUGCGGGAGACGCACGCGAUCAGCGAAGACUCUGUCUCGUAGAGACGGGCAGGUGGCAAGCCGUGGCAGCUGUAGAGGAUGAGAACGCUAACCUAAACGGGCAGGAACAAUCAAAACAUAGAAACGGCCUCCAACUGUGGCUCUCCCGCAAGCAAAUCGCUGGGACGGCAACUUCAGGUAGGGGAAGAAAGGCGGGUAAAAUCAAGGCAAGCAACCCAUUCUCGGUGGCCCGUGGCUCCUCGCAUGCAGAUCUAGCGACUGCCGCAAUCAAACAGUCGCGCUGGAGAAAAGAAUGCAGCACGUCAACAAGGGAGCUGAGUGCGGUGAAGCUUUUGUACCGCAUUAGGCGGGACCUUUUGCACGGCGACGUGCUAUCUCCAGCACUGGCGCAUCGCUUGAGGCUAGAGCACGUGACCAGGUCGAGAAGUAGUAGAAGAGGAUCUUCAUCUUCUACAGGGAAGCAGAGACCAGCAAUAGUCCAAACAAGGGGAGCUGCUGCAACGGCGAAAAAGCAAACACAUGACCCUUAUGGUCGUGUGUGUGGUGUGGACCCUGGGGCAGAGUGCUGAGAAGUUAGGUCAUAUCGUGACUGUUUUACGUAGACUAGGGUAUCUGUAAGUACGUAGAUAGUUCAAGCAAGUUUGACACGAUAAACAGAAUUAGCUGUAAAAGUGCCAUUGUUACGUUGUAGAUGUAGUUGUGACUGAGAUGUAGACAGAAGGCAAUCCUCGGAGGGCGACGUGCGUGAUCGCAAGGCGACCCCGGAGACUAUGGCGAGAUUGCUGUGCUAGAUGUAGAAGAUCAGUUGUAGAAGGUUUUUGUCGGACAUCAAAUUUGGGUUUAAGCUUUUCGAAGAAAACUAAACUUGAUAGCACCCAGCUACCAAGUGAAAGUUGUCUGAAGGCUACCAGAUACAGAUUUUUACUCAUUAUCAAUCGUUUUACACUGACUUUUCCACAAUCUGUUCCGUUAACGCGUGGGUCCAUUAAGUUAAGUACAACUCGUUUCAAGUAUACAAGUAAAUCCAAAAGUACUGGGGUCGAGCAUGACGCUACCGCUCGAACAAAAAUUAGCGAAAAACACUUUAACUCUUUAGCUAGGUGCAGAGGGGCAACGUUUUU